CCAAACAGUUAGUCACAGUGAAGAAUCUGAGUGAACUUGCCUGAUCUAUCCAAAUUACAGAAUCUUUAUCAAAAAAGUAUUUCAAAGAAGGUCGGAAGAUCAAGAUGAAUAACAAAAUAAUCAUACCUCAACUUCACUGUAGCUGCAGUUGAAAAUGAGUGGAGAGAAUGUAGUUUCCAGUGAGGAACCAGCUAGUACACCUUCUACACCUGGUUCUUCUGUGGAUGAAGAAAAGUACCUAGUGCCUUAUCGAAUAAGGCCCAGAGUCAAGAAGAAAUGGCUCAGGAUAGAAAAUGUCCCCAUCGCUACCAUAGCAGUCACCAUCAUACAAAUUGCUUUCCACAUUUUUUCGACUCCCAGCGUAGAAAAACACCUGAGAUUCGAACCGAGCAAACGGACACAAAUAUGGAGAUUCCUCACCUACAUGCUAGUCCAUGACGACUGGUACCACCUGCUCCUGAACGUCGUCAUCCAGUGUAUAUUCGCUAUACUGCUCGAAAAAAGACAGGGGCGUUUCAGAGUGCUCGUCCUCUAUUUCCUGGGGGGUGUGACUGGGGUUAUGGGGGCCUCUUGUGUUCACCCCAACAUGGUCAUAGGGGCUUCAGCAGGGGUGUACGCUCUUUUGAUUUCGAAUAUCGCCGAUAUUGUACUGAAUAGUACGGCUGUAAGAUUCAAAAUCUACAGGGUAUGCUCUAUAGGUGUUCUGGUGCUUUUCGAUGUCAUUUACAACAUAGUCCACAUUUACGCAAGAAAAGAACCUGUCAUAUCUUGGGAAGCCCACGUAGUCGGUGGAAUCUCAGGUCUCCUCAUUGGUUUCUUGAUUUUCAAGAGCGAUUGUCAGACUGAAAAGCUCUCAGAGAGAAAAACAAUUUUCAAUGCUAUAUUUUGGACUAGCUUGGUGCUUUACUGUACUAUGUUGAUCGGAUUGGUGUUAGUCAGUGUUCAAAUCAAAAAAUGUACUCCUGCCAGUGAUAUUUACGUGAAGUAUGUUUAUUUUUGUUGAAGCAAUGAUUUUUCACGUUCUGUUCGAUUCGCUCAAAUUAAUUUGCUUUUAUGGUACUACUCCCAGCGAGCACAAAAACAUCUCAGAGGUGUUAAAAGUACGAGAUUUCGAGACAUUGAACCUCCACUGCGAUGUUCUUUUCACACAUGAAUAGAACUAUUAUAGAACAGCCAAUGUCCGCCGCAGGCGGCAAUUAUCGAGAUGUCCUUGAUAUGUCACAAAACUACCUUCUUCCUAGUUCUUUUU